CAACCUCCGUUCCUCCUCCAGACACGGCGCCGAUCGCAUCCGCCCCCGAAACCCUAGCCCGGCCAUGGCGCGACGAUCCGCCCCGCUCCUCCGGCGCCUCCUCGCCGCGCCCCCCUCGUCCCCGCUCGCCGGCGCCGUCUCCCGCCGCACCGUCACCUACAUGCCGCGCCCGGGCGACGGCGCCCCGCGCACCGUCACGCUCAUCCCGGGCGACGGCAUCGGGCCGCUCGUCACCGGCGCCGUGCGCCAGGUGAUGGAGGCAAUGCACGCGCCCGUCAUCUUCGAGACCUACGAGGUCCACGGCGACAUGCCCUCGGUGCCCGCCGAGGUCAUCGACUCCAUCCACCGCAACAAGGUCUGCCUCAAGGGCGGCCUCGCCACCCCGCUCGGGGGCGGCGUCUCCUCCCUCAACUUGCAGCUCCGCAAGGAGCUCGACCUCUACGCCUCCCUCGUCAACUGCUUCAACCUCCCCGGCCUGCCCACCAGGCACGACAACGUUGACAUCGCAGUCAUCAGGGAGAACACCGAGGGCGAGUACUCGGGCCUCGAGCACGAGGUCGUGCCCGGCGUCGUCGAGAGUCUUAAGGUGAUGACGAAGUUCUGCUCUGAAAGGAUUGCCAAGUAUGCUUUUGAGUAUGCUUACCUUAACAACAGAAAGAAAGUGACAGCAGUGCAUAAGGCAAACAUCAUGAAGCUUGCUGAUGGUUUGUUCUUGGAAUCUUGCCGUGAGGUUGCUACGAAGUAUCCUAGCAUUCAAUAUAGUGAAAUCAUUGUGGACAACUGCUGUAUGCAACUUGUUGCAAAGCCUGAACAGUUUGAUGUUAUGGUUACCCCAAAUCUGUAUGGCAAUCUGGUGUCUAAUGUAGCUGCAGGUAUUGCUGGAGGCACUGGUGUCAUGCCUGGAGGUAAUGUUGGCCAGUACCAUGCCGUUUUCGAGCAGGGUGCUUCUGCAGGAAAUGUUGGAAAUGACAAGAUUGUGCAGAAGAAAAAAGCUAACCCUGUUGCUUUGUUUCUCUCGUCCGCGAUGAUGCUGAGGCAUUUGCAGUUCCCGUCAUUCGCGGACCGGCUGGAGUCAGCAGUGAAGCGUGUCAUCGCAGAAGGGAAAUACAGGACCAAGGAUUUGGGCGGCACCAGCACCACCCAGGAAGUCACGGAUGCGGUGAUUUCCAAGCUUGGUUAACGACCAAUUGUGUAUGUUUUUUUUUGAAUCGAGCCCCCCAUUGGACUAGGCUGCUAGUCCUGACUGAUUUUUGUUGAUUGUAGUUUUAGAUCAUCGUUUUGUUCAGCAAUCAUUGUAAAUCUUCGGGCUUCUAGUUCUGGUUUUGCUUCAGAAUAAUCUGAGCAACUCACCAUGAACAGUUAUUGCCAUAUUAUAUAACUGGAAAUAAGAGAGAAAAUACAAGAAACAGUUCUCUUUUCAAUCUA